AUGGAGAAGCCAUGGGCGCUGAUUUCCGAGGUGGGGGGAGACAACGGCUACCUGGAGGAGCUGGCGGCCAUCGUGAAAGAGCGCUUCCGGACCGUGUGCCACCGGGAGCUGCUGCAGAACCGCGAGCUGUACGCUGAUAAAAUCCAGGCCCUGUUCAUCUGGAAGUACUGCCCUGCCCCUGAGCCCACCCUCCUCAGGUCCCUGCCCGCCCUCAAGGUCAUCGCCAGUGGAGGUGUCGGGACGGACCACCUGGACCUGCCCCUGAUCGCCAGCCUCGGGGUGAAGGUGGCCAACACCCCCUGUGUGGUCAGCGAUGCCACCGCCGACAUCGCCAUGGCGCUGCUCCUGGCCUCCGCGCGCAAGAUAGUGGAAGGUCACAAGAUCGCCGUCGCGCCAGAGACCACUCGCAUACCGCAGAGCCUGAUGGGGUCAGAGGUCACGGGCGCCACUCUUGGCAUCAUCGGAAUGGGUGAAAUCGGAUACAAGGUUGCCCAGAGGAGCCGGGGGUUCGACAUGCAGGUGCUGUAUCACAACAGAACCAGGAGGUCCACCGAGGAUGAGCAGGCCGUGGGAGCCCAUUACUGCGAGCGGCUGGAGGAACUUCUCCGGCGGUCGGACUUCGUCCUGCUGUCGGUCACCCUGACCGCUCGCACCCGCGGACUCAUCGGCCGCAGGGAGCUGGGGCUCAUGAAGCCCACCGCCACGCUGAUCAACAUCAGCAGAGGUCUGGUUGUGGAUCAGGAUGCCCUGGUCGAGGCCCUCCAAAACAAGACAAUCCAUGCAGCAGCCCUGGAUGUGACCUACCCCGAACCCCUGCCGAGGGACCACCCUCUCCUUAGCCUCCCCAACGUGCUCAUCACUCCCCACAUCGGGAUCAACACGCACCAGACUGCGCGGAACAUGGUGCAAAGGAUGGUGGGAAACGCGGUGGCCGCCCUCAAUGGUCUGCCCAUACCAGAUGAAGUAAAGCCCAAAUGA